AUGUUGAGGAUGAAGAGCAGACGACAUGUUUUCGUGUUUGUCGGUGUCAUGGUACUAUUACUGGGCAUCCAGACACUAUUUCUAAUAUCCAUGCUGGAUGGGGUCGCCAUUUUUCAAGUGGACAAGUCGUCUGCACUGGACCACACACGAAAUGAUGAUAGUGAUAUGACACAAAGCCAUGCCAGAACGUCUUCAAAAUCCACAGCCCUAUCAACAACUAGAAACAUACCAUACUCUGCUUCUAGCUGGAUACCAACCACAAAUGUCCUACAGACGACUCUUAACUCGACAAAGCAGUUGAUGCUGGCCAAGAUGUUGAGGAACCUGCUGAAGAUGACGCGACCCGCUGACGACACGUACAGUUUUAACGUCAGCCUCAGUGACCGGACACCGAUGGACAGACCCAUCGACGAUCUGCGACCACCCGGAUGUAGUGAUGUCACAUACAACCUGACCGUAGUCAUACCGUUCUUCAACGAGGCUCUGUCCACCCUCCUCCGAACAAUCCACAGCCUGCUGGCGCGAUCCCCUCCGCAACUCCUCCGGGAGAUCAUCCUGGUAGACGACAAGAGCACGCAUGCGUACUUGGGACAAGGUUUCGAAGACUACCUCCGGUUUCUGGACAAUCGAGUGGUGCUCAUAAGAAAUCAUAAGCGUGAGGGUCUAAUAAGAUCGAGGCUCAAGGGAGCGGAAAGGGCAAAGAGCGAGGUUCUCGUUUUCCUGGAUGCUCAUACGGAACACAACGUGGGCUGGCUGGAACCGCUUCUGACCGAAAUAAACCGGUUUUCAAACAUAGUUGUCCAGCCACACAUAGUUGAUAUUGGUCAGUUUGACCUCCAAUAUAAGUCUGUCACAACGGAGAGGUUUCGAGGUGGCUUUGGAUGGGAUUUGAGAUAUGCCUGGUUUUUUCUUCCAAAAUACCUGACCCAGACUUUGUCGUCCCCCACAGAUCCUUAUCCAACUCCGGUUUUGGUGGGUUGUGCCAUGGCUGUGAGGAAGUCCUACUUCAAUUCUAUUGGUGCUUUUGAUGAGCAUCUGGAGAUUUGGGGCGGGGAACAUUUGGACCUCUCCUUCAGAACUUGGAUGUGUGGAGGUCGCAUCGUCACGGUGGCCUGCUCUCGCGUGGGUCAUCUGUUUAAAACUAACUCACGGUGGCCUGCUCUCGCGUGGGUCAUCUGUUUAAAACUAACUCGUACAGCUUCGAAGGCGACCGUCAAAUCAUCAUCAGUAAAAAUCUCAGAAGAGUAG